UGUGCCUCACGCGCGUCUGAGUGUGUGAGAGAAAAAAAAUGGCUGUAUCAUCAUCCAACAUCAAGAAGAAGCACAACUACUGCAUCUCAAUCUCAAAAUCUUCGCUCGAUUCAUUGCUACAACAAGAACAACAACAAGUAACCCCAAAAAUUCACUCACCGCCCUCCAAUAAGCUCAAGCUCUUCUUCAAAAGCUCAAAAUUUCUCGCUUUCUUGAUUUUUCUUCUGGGUUUUCUCUGGGUGUUGAAGAUGUGGUUCAAAUUUGAUCCUACGGCGCCGUUUUGGCAAAACCCAUGUUCGAUUUCAAGUGGGUUCUUGAUUUCUCAGCUGAAUAGUAACGAUUCGAUUUCGGGGAUUGAGUUUUGGGAGCAACCUGAUGGGAUGGGGUUUAGGCCGUGUUUGGAUUUCAGCGAAAAAUACGGGAAAGAGAGUGCUGGAAUUUUGGAGGAUAGGACCAAGUAUUUGAUGGUGGUGGUUUCUGGUGGGAUGAAUCAACAGAGGAAUCAAAUUGUUGAUGCUGUUGUUAUUGCAAGAAUCCUCGGAGCAUCUUUGGUUGUCCCCAUUUUGCAAGUCAAUGUUAUUUGGGGUGAUGAAAGUGAGUUUGAUGAAAUAUUUGAUUUGGAUCAUUUCAAGAAUGUGUUGGCGAAUGAUGUCCGAAUAGUUUCGUCUCUUCCCUCUACGCAUUUAAUGACGAGGCCGGUGGAGGAGAAGAACACGCCGCUUCACGCUUCGGCGGAGUGGAUUCGGUCGCGUUAUCUUAAAAGGAUUAGGAGGGAAGGUGUAUUACUUUUACGUGGUCUCGACUCGAGACUUUCUAAAGAUCUUCCUUCCGAUCUCCAAAAGCUUCGUUGCAAGGUGGCAUUUAAUGCAUUACGAUUCGCCCCAAAUAUUAUGGAACUCGGUAAUAAGCUAACCAAAAGAAUGAGAAGCAAAGGUCGUUAUCUUGCACUUCAUUUAAGAAUGGAAAAGGAUGUAUGGGUUAGGACAGGCUGUCUUCCUGGUUUAACGCACGAGUACGAUGAAAUCAUAUACAAGGAAAGAAAAUCCAGUCCGAAGCUAUUGACUUCGAGGUCAAACAUGACUUACCACGAAAGAAAAAUUUCCGGCCUUUGCCCCUUGAACGCAUUAGAAGUCGCAAGGUUGCUUAAAGCGUUGAAAGCUCCGAAAAGUGCGAGAAUAUAUUGGGCGGGUGGGAUUCCGUUGGGAGGAAAAGAUGCUCUUCUGCCAUUGAUAACGGAGUUUCCUUAUUUUUAUAAUAAGGAGGAUCUUGCUUUGCCCGGAGAACUCGAGCCGUUUGUAAAGAAGGCCUCGUUAAUGGCGGCUGUCGAUUAUAUAGUUUCGGAGAAUAGCGAUGUUUUCAUGGCGUCUCAUGGUGGAAAUAUGGGCCAUGCUAUCCAGGGGCAUCGGGCAUUUGCCGGGCAUAAAAAGACGAUCAUCCCGAACAAAAGACAAAUGAUCCCUUACUUUAUGAACUCUUCUAUCUCCGAGAUGGAAUUCGAGAAAAUCAUAUUCGAUCUGCACCGAGAUUCGUUCGGGCAGCCGGAAAUUAGGACAAACAAAAACGGGAGGGACGUGACGAAAUACCCUAUACCGGAAUGCAUGUGCAAUAAUACGAUACCACGUUCUUCGAUCUAAUUCUCUCUAAAUAGCUAUUUAUGGCAAAUUAAUUUUGAACUUUCUGUUUAUUUCUUUUCAUUUGAUUUAUUCUUUCUUGUGUGCCUAAAAAGCCCACAUUGUUACUACACAUGUACAUAAUACAAAGAUUAUUAUAAAUAUUCUUACAUUUUUUACUAAGGUCCUUUUUGUACUGUAGGUAACUUAUGAAUAUGACUUGAGGAGUGGUUAAAGAUUCAGGUUGUUUCAAUUUUCA